GUCAAUAUUCCAUUGUUCGUUUCCGUGAGUCGGGAUUUCACUUCGUCUUCGUUACGUCUUUCAUCGAUCCAACUUGUAUCAUGGGGAAGUGCAUUUUUCAAGAUGCUUGGGUUGAAAGUAAGGAGUUUGGAAGCUGGGUUCGUUGAGAUGCAAAAGAUCGGCACAUGUUUUACUGCCAUCUGUGCAAGCAGAGCUACCAGCUAGGAAAGCUGGGCGUCAAAGCGCUGGAGUCGCACCGGAAAAAAAGGAGACACGCUGAUUUGACGAGGACUCUCUCAUCUUCCGUUGGUAUGAAUCUGUAUCUAAAAUAUAAAGAUAGUGAAGCAUCAACUUCAGGCAGUGGUACGAGCAGUGCAUGCGCACCAACAGUUGUCCAACCAUCGACUUCAACCAGCCAGAACUCAGGCUCUAUGAACGUAGUUCAAUACACGAAGGCAGACUCGUUAAAGGCAGAGAUCGUGUGGACUUAAAAAGUGAUCUGCAUCCAUUAGAGUUACAAAUCUUGUGAAAAUAAUUCGAAAGUGUUUGCAGUCAUGUUCCCAGACAGUGACAUUGCUAAAAACUACCACUGUGGGGAAAGGAAGACUUCAUACCUGGCUACAUUUGGCAUCGCUGCCACUUUUCGUCUCAACUGCCUCAAAGCCAGAAUAGAGACUGACAUAUCUACGCUUAUUGAGAAGGCUGACUGGCUGUGUGAGGAGGCAGAAGAAAAGAGGAAUCUGAGGUUUGUCACCGAGGCCAAUGCACUCAGAUGCAGAGCAAAGGACAAGAGAGCCUCUUUGGCACCUCUGCAGCAGCAAAUAGAGGAGGCACUGGGUAGGCUCAAGGAGCUAGAGUAGGGGUGCUGAGACAGACAUCAGUAGAAGACAUUUGUGUAUAUAGUUGCAAUUGUAGUUAGAAUCCGUUUUUCUGUUUCCUGUUAUGUAAAGACGUUGACAAUGGUCAUAUCAAUGAGAACUAACACAAGGGGCGACAGGUGAUCACUGUCACAGGUACUGAGGUACUGGAACCAAGAACAGCCGAUGGCACCAUUGGGUGAGUCUUUUUUCCUUACUCUUGAUUUCCCACGAUGGCCCUAAAUUUUUCAUGUCAGCCCUAAAUUUUUCCUGUCGGCCCCCUAAGAAUGGCCCUAAAAAGCCCUUAAAUUUUUUGGGUCCGACUGAGUAUGAACCCUGCCAUGGCUUUGAGGCUCCAGCUAAAAACUGUCCGAGCCAUUAUCCAUAAAUUGAGAAAACUGGGAACAGUGGCAAACCUUCCCAGGACUGUACACCUGACUAAAAUUACUCCCAAGAGUGUGACAACAGUGUGAGAACGACUCAUCCAGUCCCUUGAACAACAUCUAAAGACCUGGAAGCCUCGCUGGCCUCAGUUAAGGUCAGUGUUCAUGACUCAUGAAAGACACUGGCCAAAAACAGCAACCAUGGGAGAGUCCUAGGUGAAAACCCCUGCUGUCAGCAAAGAAUACAAAGGCUCGUCUCACAUUUACCAAACAACAUCUUGAUGAUCCUCAAGACUUUUGGAGAAACAAUCUGUGGACUGAUAAAUUGAAGACUGAACUUUAUGGAAAAAGUGCAGCCCGUUACAUCUGGGGUACAGGACAGUGAUCGGAAAUAAAUCAGAAAGUCCAAACUCAGAAUGACAGAAUGGGAAAAAAAAAAAAGGUUUGGAACCUUGGAACCAAGUCAAAGUGUGGAUUUAAAUUCUAUUGAGAUGCUGUGGUGUGACCUUAAAUGGGCAGUUCAUGCGAGAAAACCCUCCAAUAUGGUGGUGUUCAAACAAUUUUGCAAAGAAGAGCGGGACAAAAUUCCUCCAGCGUAACGUAAAACACUCACGACCAAUUAUUGCAAAUGCUUGAUUUCAGUUAUUGCUGGCAAGGGUGGCACAACCAGUUAUUAGGAUCAAGGGGCAAUUACUUUUUCAAAGAGAGUCAGAAAGGUUUGGAUUUUUUGUGCCUUAAUAAAUUGAAUUGUCAUUUGAACAUUGGGUUGCCUUUGAGUGAUAUUAUAAUUGGUUUGAUGAUUUUAAACCUUUGUGUGUGAUAGAUAUAGAUAUAACCUAUAAUCAGGAGAGGACAAAUAUUUCUCACAUCACUGUCGUCAGUGAAGUGCAUUUUUAUUCUUAUAGUUAACAAUUCCACACAGAAGCCUCAAGUUGUGAAGGCAAUGAAUUACAGUAUCUGUUGGAGGGAAGCCAUCGUUAGUGUGUGCACAUUCAGAGAAAGACAGAAAGUAGGAAGGGACAGUGGGAUGACAUUACUGCAAGAGAGAGAGAGCGAGAGAGAGAGAGAGAGAGAGAAGAGAGGGGGAAGGAGGAGGAGCAUACAGAGUAAAUAAAAAUGCAGAGAGGACAGUUCUACUUACAUUAGAAAGUUUGUUUAAGUGCAGCAACGAAGCGUAUACGGCCUUAAAAAAAGACAAAACAAUUACAAUUACGAUCAAGACAGAGUAGCCUGUGACAGGGUGAUCUGACAAUUUAUGUAGUGGACUACAGACUUAACUUUCUCUCCAAGUGGACAGUGUGACAGGGAGUGAACUCGAAGUUCAGACUUGUUUCCAUUCAGAGAGAACAGACUGCCAAACAGCAUGGCUGACAAACUGAACGAGGAAUCGAAAAGUAAUCCAGGGAAAGAUGAGCUGGACUGGGGUUAUGAGGAAGGUAGGCUGCUCUUCAUCAUAUAUAUAUAUAUUACCUUUUAAAAGUUUCAUUUGUGUUAUUUGAGUUUAUUUAUUCAUCCCAAUCUUGUACAAUGUCAUGUAUUUUUUUUUAUCAGACAAGAUGCGUGAAUGUUUUUAUUUGUCUCACUUUCUCCUUUUUUACUUGCAACCUUUACUGAGGAUUAUGCUCUGGGGUUUAUCUGUAAAACUCUUGACUGUGUAGAAUGGGGACUCCAUUACCCAGCGGCCAAUGGUGAGUACCAGUCUCCCAUUAACUUGAACUCUAGGGAGGCUCAGUAUGACCCAGCCCUCCUGGAUAUCCGCCUGUCACCAAAUUACGUGGUGUGUCGUGACUGUGAAGUCAUCAAUGAUGGACACACUGUACGCAUCCUUCUCAAGUCAAAGUCAGGUACAUACACAGCCCCCACAAACAAGCAGCGAAUUGAACUUCCUUUUUCUUCCUCAGUGUGUAUUUUCUCACAAUUUACUGUGCGGUGUUCAGUGGUCAGUGGAGGUCCAUUGCCUAGCGAUCAUGAAUAUGAACUUCAUGAGGUUCGAUUUCACUGGGGGAAAGAGAACCAGAGGGGAUCAGAGCACACGGUCAACUUUAAGGCUUUCCCUAUGGAGCUCCAUUUGAUUCACUGGAACAGCACUUUGUUCAACUCUUUGGACGAUGCUCUGGGGAAGAAGAAUGGUGUUCUCAUCAUCGCUCUUUUUGUGCAGAUUGGUAAAGAGCAUCUGGGUCUGAAAGCCAUCACAGAGGUUCUACAGGAUCUGCAGUACAAGGGGAAGAGCAAGAUAAUUCCCUGUUUCAAUCCGAACACUUUGCUGCCUGACCAAAUGACUGCGGCUGCAUCAUUAACGGGCACAGAGCUCCACUUCUACUCAGACGCCAGCAAUGUGGAGCUUCAUUUUCCCUCAGAUCCAUUAUUGAGAGAUUACUGGGUGUACAAAGGAUCUCUGACAACACCGCCUUGUAAUGAGAAUGUGACCUGGAUCCUCUACCGCUACCCUCUCACUAUAUCACAAUUACAGAUUGAGGAGUUUCGGAGGUUACGUUCACAUAUAAAAGGCGCUGAGCUACCAGAGGGAAAUGAUGGGAUGUUGGGAGAUAAUUUCCGCCCCACUCAACCACUGAGCGAUCGGACAGUUAGGGCGGCUUUCCAAUAAUUCUCACUUUUGACUGCCAACUUGAAAAAUAACCCCUCAAGAAAGAAACAUUGAAGGUAACAAGUAUUUGAGCCCAUCCAAUGUUUUUUCAAAAUGUCACAUUCUUUUUCUUUAAAAUACAGAAUAAUAACGGUUGGGAUCUUGUCCCUGAGCAGUUCAGUCCUCUGGAACCACUUUAUAAUGGAUCAAGUCCCAGAAGAUCUAGCCCAGUUCACUUACUAAUCUGGCACCAGCCUAUAUACAGUUUUUUUUAGUACAAAAGGAUUCUGAAUGUACAGCACUGCUGAAGCACUGUGACAGAAAGCAAAGGGAGGACAUUUCAAUCUUAGAGGAAAGAAGACUAAAACUGCUUGUUUAGUGCUAAUGCAAGCUCAUAAACAUUAAAAAUACAGAACUAUGCUCUAUCAUUGUCAAUAUACCUCUAAUCUUCAGAACGACCUGGACUAAAGAGUUUAGUGAGAAGAGAGGGAGAGGAGAUUUAAGAUGAAAGCUAGCAGGCUUCUGUAGUGUAAAAGAAAUAUGGAAUGAGUGGAAACAGUGUGAGGUAAGGUGAGCAAAACAGACGACUGUUGUUUAUAAUGGAAGUUGAUACUGAUCUGGUUGCACCAGGACAAAUGCAACUGUGAAGAACAGUUUUUUUUUUUAAGUGUACAAGUUGGUGAGGAGGGAUGGGAUAGCAGGGAGGUGAGAUCGACAAGUUGCCUUAGAAAAUGUGACUUUGUUUUGUUAUGCUGACCCAAUUAGACUGGCUGUAAAGAAUGCAAAAAAUACUUUGCCCAUUACAAAUAUGUGACAGAAAUCUUAUUUUCAAAAAGACCACACAGGUUAGAUUGUAUACUAUUCAUUGUGUACUACACGGUCUUUCCUCAAAGAGGUUAUCCCACUUCUGACUUUGCAAAUGUUCAGUACAUAAAUAUUCAUUACCCCGUAUUCAUAACCAGCCUUGAGUUGACAUACACUGUAUUAAAUGGAGCAGCAAAUUUUUUUUCAACCAAUAUCUUGGUCCACUUAUGCAAGCACCAAUUAACUUGAAAUUGCAUGAUACGAUCAUACUGAAGCGUCUCUUCUCAUUAGAUAAUUCUGCGAAAUUUCCAAUACAUCUUAAACACCAGAGAAAGUCUCUGAAAAAUAUAUUUUAAGUUUGACACACAUCUGACAACAAUAUUAUUAACAAGCCAAACACAUCUGGGGGGGAAAAAAAUCACGUGUGGACUCAGACUUCAAAAUGAUCAAGAAGUGCAAUGUUGCCAAUGCUGUGGGCGUGCGACCAAAUGCUCUGAAAACUCCAACCCUUGGAACUUUCACAUCUUAAAUAUAUGCCUACACUCCCAGAUCUGAAGCUCAAACAGGAGAAUUCCAAGUGAUGCACAUUACAUUUUCUCAUGGGCUGUAGUUCGGUGCAAAAUCAGUGCAAAAACAUCAGUCACAACCCAUCCCCCUAUUCGAAGGUGGAGGGAGGCUUGUGUACAGGGGUAUCCAGAGUAACGGUACCAAGCCUGGGCAAUAAGUAUGCUCAAACAUGCUUGGGGCUUCUCACCAGGGGCAACGAAAAAGUCAGGUUGAGCUGUGUAUUGAGGUUAGCCUGAAUACAUCCCGACUAGAGCCUCCAAAACAAAUAUACAGUAUGAGUGGUGGUAUACACCCUGGGUUGGUUGUCAUUCAAUUGCAAAACAUGCACACACAAGCACAAUUGCCUCAUAGUUGUGGAAGCCAAGAUUUCCUGGAGGCUUGCUGUGAGUUCUUUGUUUUUGCAUCUGGUUUCCCACAUUUUUUUCAGUUUACCAGCACCUGCAUUGAUCAUUGCACCCCAAAUCAAGUCUGAAUAUUUCACACUGAACCUCAAGCAAUUUGGGUUUUGUUCUUCACUGGUCUCCCUCCAAACCCUUGGACCUUGAUUUCUGAAUGCAAGGCAUACUUUACUUUCAUGGGAAAGUAGGCCCUUGGUCCACUGGCCAACAGACCAGCCCUUCUCCUUGGCCCGGUUGAGACGCUUCCUAUACUAGCUCGGUCUCAGAAGCGGCUUGACUUGAAAACCCGACUCUUGUAGCCCAUCCCCUGGAUUCGUCUGAAUGUGGUGGUUUUGAAUGUGUGACUCCCACAUUAUUCCACUCUUUCUGGACCUCUGAUAAAUUCUUGAAUCUUCUCUGUUUGAUAAUCUACUGAAACCAAUGUCAUCUCUUUUACUGGCGUAUCUUCUCCUGACAGAUUUUGUCCUUCCACUAGCUUUUCCAUUGUUAUACUUUGACACAACACUCUGUGAACAGCCACCCUCCAUAGAUAUGAACUUUUAUGGUUUACCCAUCCCAUUGAAGGCAUCAAUGAUUGCCUUCUGGCCAAUUGUCAACUCUGCAGCCUUUCCUAUAUUGAGCCCAACUGAGACAAUUGAAGCGAACUGAAGCAAUUUAAAGACACCUGGGGAAACCUGUGCAGGUACUUUAAGUUGAGUAGAUGAUUGUGUGAAAACAUAUAUUAUAUGUUUAAAACAUUUAUGGCCUGCAAAAGUUAGCCUGAUUUCUUCAUGCAUCCAUUUUGUUAGCCGUUUAUCCUCACAAGGGUUGUGGGAGUGCUGGAGGCUAUCCCAGCUGUCAACAACAAGGAGGGCAGUGUACACCCUGAACUGGUUGCCAGCCAAUCGCAGGACACAUAGAGACAGGCAACAGUCACACAAUCACACCUAGGGGCAAUUUAGAGUGUCCAAUUAAUGUUGCAAACCAACGCAGGCAUGGGACGAACAUGGAAAGUCCACACAGGGAGGGCUGGGAUUUAACCCGGGUCCUCAGAACUGUGAGCCCAGCGCUUUCCAGCUGCUCCACCGUGCCACAUUGAUUUCUUCACACUAUUCCAAUAUAUUAUAAAUUAUUUACGUUGUGGGCCCUGAAUCUAUAAUCUAUAAUCUUUGAAAGUUAAACUUUUUGCAUGGAAUUGUGGAAAUGAACUUUUCCAUGAUAUUCAAAUUUUUGGGGAAAUGGUCUGUAUAUAUGUAUAUACUGUGUGUAUGUGUGUGUAUGUAUGUAUACAUAAAUCAAACAAGGAACAGGGAAACACACAGGGAAAACGCAUGAGCUGAGGGCCGAAGGGACUGGGUGAGGCAGAUGUGGCAACCAAAAACUUCAAUGUGUUUUCCAUGAGCAGCCUUGCAUGGGAAUAGUAUUGCUACUAUUAGCAGUAAUAAUCAUCAUCAUAAUUAACCCUAGAGAACCCAUGGGGUCACAUAUGACCCAGUGUAAUAAAGGGGCCACUGCAUUGACACAACACAGUUACUCUUUUUACCCUUAAAGCCCAACGUCUCACGUGUCUACAUUAAAUGCAUUGCUUUUUCGGUAGUUAAGGCCCACUGGGUCAUAUGUGACCCAUUAUCUAAACCGGAAGUAAAUAAGUACAGUUUUCCAAAUGUGAUAUUUUUGUGUUCCUUUGAUGCGUAGUGAUUACUAUAGUUAGUACAGAAAAUUUUAAAAGAGGAUUUGGAUGUCUUGGGUUCUAUAGGGCUAAUAGUUACUUCAUAUAGAAUGAAUAUGCUGUACAGUAACAUACAAAUCUGAAAAUAAUUCUUGUCCCUGUCUAAUUCUUUGUCUACAGUACUAAAAUGAUGGAUGCUUGAACACGUCUCUAAGAAUUUUUAUUUUUGUCCCCAUAAACGUUUUUGAACUCUUUGCCAUAUGGUUACCUUUUAAAAUACUGAAGUAACUUUUAAUGCUCCAUUUCCCAUUAUUCAAACUGAAAUAUCAGAACUGUAUGAGCAAUAAAUGUUUGCCGUACUCCCUUUGUGUCUCUCUGCCCACCGGUUUUCCUCCCCUUUUAAGCCUGAGCUCACAUCUGAUUUGACUUUCAGCUUUCCUUAAAGUCUGAUGCAUAUUUUCUUUUCCUGACAACAGGGAAGAAAGAGGUGAUUGAAAGAUGAGCAUGAAAAGAGGGAAGAAAAGAGCUGUAAUGUCUCUCUCUCUUGAAUAUGUGGCUACCUUUUUUUUAUCAUCACAAAUGCAGUUAAAUUGAAGAGCAAUGAUUAAAGAAACAAAGCAGCUCUCUUGCAUAUGACCCAUAUUAUAUUGAAUGUAGUUUUAGACAUAAUAUCUAUGUGAGCUGCAGUAAAUAGAUUGAGUAAGAUUCAUGUGUUGCUAUUCAAAAGUCUCAUGUUAUAUAUGAACAAGUAACAAACACCCUUGUCUUCUUGAAGGGGAGAUGUACAUGUACAAUUUACUUGUUGGUUUAAUUGUCUAUGGACUGCUUCCCCACCCAUUAAGUGUGAAA